GCGAAGCCCCGCCCCCGGAUGCAGAGGGCUGCAGAGUGACAGUCUAGGGACAGGCAGUGAAUCAGUGGCGCCCGCUGGGACUCUGAGCCGGUACGGGAGAGAUUCAAGCGCAGAUUACUCGUGACAGCACCCGGCCUGCCCUCCUCUACCCAGCAACAUGCCUAAAAAGAAGCCCACGCCCAUCACGCUGAACCCCCCACCCGACGGGACUGCUGUGAACGGGACCCCAACUGCAGAGACAAACCUUGAAGCACUUCAGAAAAAGUUGGAGGAGCUGGAGCUGGAUGAACAGCAGAGGAAACGGCUGGAAGCUUUUCUCACGCAGAAGCAGAAAGUUGGAGAGCUGAAGGAUGAUGACUUUGAGAAAGUAUCAGAACUUGGAGCCGGCAAUGGUGGGGUUGUCUUCAAGGUCUCCCACCGACCGUCCAGCUUGAUCAUGGCUAGGAAGCUGAUUCAUCUGGAGAUUAAGCCCGCAAUCCGAAACCAGAUCAUCAGGGAGCUGCAGGUCCUGCAUGAGUGCAACUCCCCCUAUAUUGUGGGGUUCUAUGGUGCAUUUUACAGCGAUGGAGAGAUCAGCAUCUGCAUGGAACACAUGGAUGGAGGGUCUCUUGACCAGGUGCUAAAGAAAGCAGGGAAAAUACCAGAAAAAAUAUUGGGAAAAGUCAGCAUUGCUGUGAUAAAAGGCCUGACUUAUCUACGAGAGAAACACAAGAUUAUGCACAGAGAUGUAAAGCCAUCUAAUAUCCUGGUGAAUUCUAGAGGAGAAAUCAAGCUUUGCGACUUUGGAGUCAGCGGGCAACUCAUCGACUCGAUGGCAAAUUCCUUCGUUGGGACGAGAUCUUAUAUGUCUCCCGAGCGAUUACAAGGAACACACUAUUCAGUUCAGUCUGAUAUCUGGAGCAUGGGUCUGUCGCUGGUUGAGAUGGCCAUCGGUCGGUAUCCAAUUCCCCCUCCGGAUGCUAAGGAACUGGAGGGGAUCUUCGGCUGCUCAAUGGAAGGGGACCCUAUGUCUUCAGAGUUGUCCCCUCGCCCACGACCUCCAGGACGUCCCAUCAGCUCUUAUGGACCAGACAGCCGGCCACCAAUGGCUAUUUUUGAGCUGCUGGAUUAUAUUGUGAAUGAGCCUCCUCCCAAGCUGCCAAGUGGGGUGUUUGGAGCAGAGUUCCAGGACUUUGUGGGCAAAUGCUUGGUGAAGAAUCCGGCUGAUCGAGCUGAUCUGAAACAGCUCAUGGUUCACCCAUUCAUUAAGACAGCGGAGCUGGAGGAAGUGGACUUCGCUGGCUGGCUGUGUUCCACCAUGGGUCUCAAGCAGCCCAGCACCCCAACCCAUGCUGCUGGGGUGUGAGCGAGAGGGAGAAAUGAUGUCAUUUUGGGCAAGGCAGAGAGCCACCAUACCCCACUCCUGCUGCCCUGCGGGGUGGGAUCUCUGCAGAAUGUGCCAAAAAUAAUGUUUUUCAUUCUCUUCAACUCCUUCAUUAAAUAAGGGACCUACAGGAUUUCUGGCCAACAACCCAGAUGUGCCCUAGAGUCCUGUGGGCCCCACCUGCAGUAAGAUCCCUGCUUUUAUCCCAUGAUGCUUUGUGGUACUUGUAAUGCUUUCAGUACAUGAUACAGAAGAGCGCCUAGUUUGUAUGUGGCAGGUAAUAGAAGUGUCCAUUUUCUUUUACCAACAAAGGAUUUAAUGGGUCAGUCCCACGUUGGACCAAACUGAACUGACGGUUAUGUUCUGUAAGUAAAAAAUAACCUGUCUGUGAAUCCAGCUGACAAGGCAUUGCCAGUUAAGCAAGAUAUAAAUGUAAAAAAAACACAGCCUGUUUGUAACAAUCAUUUUAGCAGAUAUGUUGAUUUUUGAAAAGGAAGACUCGUCAAUGCCUUUUAUUUUUUUCAUAUCCCUAAUUAAACUAUUAAACCUCAAAUAGUUCAUAUUGGUCUCGCAUGAGACUGCCAUUAAGGCUGCGAGCAAUUCCCAAUGCGGCAGUUUGUAUCCUAUGCUGUCUGGAGAUCUGAACCGUGGCUGUCUCACAGGCAGCGUCCAAAGCCAUAACCCCAGACCCAUCGGUUUUAGGAACCUGCUUUUUAUGGUGAAUUGAUUUAAUUCCUGCCUGCCGGAGCAGUGAGCUUGUUAUUUCAUUUACUUUAAAGGAAAGACCACUAGAUGUCUCCUUAAAGAACUUCUUGGAAGAAAAAUAGAAAAUAUUUUCAGGACAUUCUUAAUAUAAUAGUGGAGUCUAAACUAGACACAGCAAUACACUUAUAAAGAGACACUAAUAUGACGAAAAAGGUUUCUUUUUAGGAGAUUGUUUAAAAAAAAAAAAAAUUAUUUUAUCUUAUUCUUUGCUGCUUGCUUUACUGCAGAUCAUGUAACCCAUGUUUGCUUCCCAUCUGCUAUAAUCGUGGCAUAAUCUUAUUUUGUGGCAGUGCUUCUUAAUAGGGUUUCCACAAAGCUCAGUAACCAUGAGGUUUUCUUCAGUGUUUUUACUUUUAAAAACUGAAGGAAGAAAUAAAAAUCCUGAUAGUGGUCCUGUAAGCGGUAAGGAAAUGCAUAAAUGGUGACUAGCCUCUGAUACUCUAUAGCUGUGGGCAAUGGCACCCAUAAUGCCCUGUCGGCUACAGUAGCUGAGCAUCAUGAGAGUUGAAGUCCGUAAUAACCGCUGUCAAAGGUUUAGACCAGCACGGCGUUCAUGCAGGUUGCUCCGGCAGAGGAGAUGCAUAUAUCCAGCAGUCCUCUUGCUUUCUCCUGCCUGUGCCUCUUAGCUUGUCCAGUUUCUCCCAUAUUUAUUUUAGAUUUGAAUGUGACGUGUUGUGUGAGCUUCGAAUCCUUUUGCUCUGCUGGGCUCCUUAUCUCCAGGUCAUUAGUCAAGAACGUUUCAUAUCAUCCUCUUUCCCAUGUGAAGAGGGGGGGCUCAUCCCAGCAUGGGAUUCUUUACUGUGAGAAGCCUCUGCCUUCAGUCUGUAAACAUUGUAUCUUUUCAGUCCUCAGAUGUAUUAUCUUUGAUUCUAAUAAAUAUUAUAUGAAGAA